AUACCAACAAAGGACUUGAACUUCUGGGAAAUUGGAUAAUUGAUAUUCCCCAAACUCAAGACGAAGAAUUUGAAAAUCACUUAUUAAUGGGAAUAACUAAAACACUCGUUCCUUUUAAUAAACAUUAUCCCUUAAACACCAAAAAAGGAUGGUAUUACGAGGAUCUUACUGAUAAAGGCUGGAUUGCAAAAUUAGCAAAUUUGGAAAAGUCCACCGCAAAAAUUGCCAUAUUCUGA